GGCGGGCAGGAGCGGGGCUGGGACGGGACGGGACGGGACGGGACGGGACGGGACGGGACGGGAGCAGCCAUGGGGGACACUUUCAUCCGGCACAUCGAGCUGCUGGGCUACGAGAAGAGGUUUUUCCCCAGCCAGCACUACGUCUACAUGUUCCUGGUGAAGUGGAAUGACCUCUCUGAAAAGCUCAUCUACCGCCGCUUCACUGAGAUCUAUGAGUUCCAUAAAGCACUGAAGGAGAUGUUCCCCAUUGAAUCUGGGGACAUCAACGUGGAGAGCCGCAUCAUCCCACACUUGCCAGCCCCAAAGUGGUUUGAUGGGCAACGUUCAACCCAGAACAGGCAGGGCACGCUGUCUGAGUACUGCUCCACCCUGCUCAACCUGCCCCACAAAAUCUCCCGCUGCCUGCACGUGGUCAACUUCUUCCAGGUCCGUCCUGAGGACAUGAACCCUGUCACAGACAGCUGGAUCAAGAAGCCUGAGGUCUUCCUCCUGCCAAAGGAUGCCAAGAAAACCCUCAGUGACAUCACGGGUCCCAUCAUCCUGCAGACGUACCGAGCCAUCGCUGACUAUGAGAAGAGCUCCACAUCUGAGAUGGCUCUAAAAGCUGGGGACAUGGUGGAUGUCGUGGAGAAGAGUGAGAGUGGUUGGUGGUUUUGCCAGUUGAAGAACAAACAAGGUUGGGUGCCAGCUGCCUACCUGGAGCCCAUGGAUGGUCCUGAUGAGUCUGAAGAGCAGGAGCCCAACUAUGCAGGUGAGCAGUACCUUGUCCAGAAAAGCUACAGAGCAGUGGAGGAGGAUGAGCUGACCCUCCAGGAUGGUGACACCAUUGAAGUCAUCCACAAGCUGCUGGAUGGCUGGUGGGUUGUCAGGAAGGAUGAAAACACAGGUUAUUAUCCCUCCAUGUACCUGCAGAAAGCUGGGGAGGAGAACAGCCCUGGGAAGAGUGAGCUGAGGAACAGGAGAGCUCCUCCCCGGAGAUCCAGCAUCCGAAACGCAAAGAGCAUCCACAAGCAGGGCCGAAGGCAGAUCAGCCAGGAGACCUACAGGAGGAACAGCAGGAGGUACAUCCAGAGCCAGAGGAACAGGAGGGGAAAUUUCCAGAACAAGGCUGAUGUCAUCAUGGAGAAAAAUGAGGAGGAGGAGAGCAAGCCCAAGGCUCAGCCUGCAGUUCCUCCUCGUCCCAGCAAGGAUCUCAUCCUGACCCGUUGCACUGAGAGCACCAGGAGGAAGAUCCUCUGAGCCCCCCGGGGCCCCCCCACACCCCCAGAUGAUGCUUUAUCUCCACCACCUUCUGCAUGCCCGGGGCUCAGAGCCUUCCUGGGGGGGAUUUUGGGUCUGCAGUCCCCAGGGCCAGAUGGUUGCAGCCCAGCACCCAACUCCAUCACCAGCACAGUGAACCCAAGGGAAUGGCACCCUGAGGAGGGACCCAGCCCUGCUCUGACCCCCACAGCCCCUGGGCACCAACCAGAGCCCCUGUUAUCCCCUCCUUGUGUUUUGAAUGAUUUUUGAAACGUAUUUCAAUGUAUUUUGAAAUGAUUUCACCAAUAAAGCAGA